AUGAAUGAAAGGAGGAAUCAAAACAUGGAAAUCGAAGGAGAACUCUCUGCAGAUUCCACCCAUUUUCAAAUAACUACCAACGACGAAGACAGUUCGUACAAAGACAACGACGACGAUUGCGAUAGUCUCCCAACACCUCGUCAUAAAACGAAUCACACAUGGGAAGAAACUGCAAAGCAGCUGCAGCUCAACGUAUGCGUCCCGGAAAUGAGCAUGUACAACGUUCCCAAUCAGUGGCUUUCUGCAAAUGAGUAUUUUGAAUUGUUGACUGCAAUGGAGAAAAACACUUCCGUUUAUCCGUUUUAUGACCUGGGGUAUGAUUCUCAUUGCGUCUCCUAUCAUCCUUCGUUCAUUUAUUCGAAUCCCUGCCCAUCGAUUUAUUUCUUACGAUGUGAACAUUUGAAAAAUGGAACUCCCAAGUUUGGGUUUCCUCGAAUCAAAAACGUAUCCAAAGAAUACACUUGGAAGAAGCAAGGAUUCACAACGGCCAUUCCCAAGCGCUGUCCCUGCGUGAGAUACAUCACUGCGAACUGUUAUCUCUGUGGGAAAGGACGGAAUCGAGUCCAUAAUGGGAUGGAAAUUGACUGUAGAAUAGUAUCUUUGCUGCUUUUUCUGGAAGAGAGCCGGUCCUGCGAAUGCACGCGGUGA